CUCACUCUCUCCACGAUGUGCUCUUGGCACGCAAGCAUGCUCAAAUUUGCACUUCAUGCCUCGUUGAGGUCUCGCCUUGUUGCAAAUGCUAACAGGUCAACAAAGACCUCAGGCCAAACGCAGCACCAAAACAAUGCCAAGAGCUCGUGUUGCAAACUCUUGCUUACCAAUUUCAACAAUGUCUACUAAAGAGAUUGCUGACACUAAAUUGUGAGACAUUUCAGUUGUCGUGUUUGCGUGCGGCUGCGAAUUUGAAUGAUUGCCACACCACAACGUUUACCUCGUAUCACUCUUGAGUGGAACUGCUUGUCAACUGCCAUUAUAUAUGAGCAACAAGCUCGCUUGCUCGCUCACGUGUCUCUCUUUCCCUCCCUGUCCCACCCCCCCUCUCUCUAGUCCCCACCCACUCUUCUCUUCCCUCCAGCUCUCCUGGCUGCGUUUUUACUCUGUGCUUAUUGGAGGUGGUAGCCAGGAGCCCAUCAGCAUGGUCGCGGAGGAGGCGGAUGCGACGUCGCGAGGCAGCGGCGGCGUACGCCUGAAGCAGGAGAUCUCCCUGCUGCACGGUGUCUGCCUCAUCGUGGGCAACAUGAUCGGCUCCGGCAUCUUCGUGUCGCCCAAGGGGGUGCUCCUGUACACCGGCUCCUUCGGCAUGUCGCUGGUCAUCUGGGCGGUCGGAGGGGUCUUCUCCGUUUUCGGCGCCUUGUGUUACGCCGAGCUGGGCACCACCAUCCGGAAGUCAGGAGCCUCCUAUGCGUACAUCUUGGAGGCCUUUGGGAGCUUCCUGGCAUUCAUCCGGCUGUGGACGUCACUGUUGAUUGUGGAACCGGCAUGCCAGGCGGUGAUUGCCUUAACCUUCUCCAGUUACCUGGUGCAACCCUUUUUUACCACAUGCUCCGCCCCCUAUUACGCCGUGCGCCUCAUCGCCGCCGCCAUUAUUUGCCUGCUGACGUGCGUGAACUGUUUGAAGGUGAAGUGGGGAGCCGUUCUUCAGGUCAUCUCCACUGUGGCCAAAGUGCUGGCGCUCAUCGUCAUCAUCAUCGCCGGCUUUGUAAAGCUGAGCCAAGGUUUCAAUCAAAACUUUGCGGACUCGUUCCGAGGCUCCAAGCUGAACGGCGGCGACAUGGCACUGGCACUCUACUCGGCGCUCUACUCCUACUCCGGCUGGGACACGCUCAACUUCAUCACAGAGGAGAUCAAGGACCCGGAGAGGAAUCUCCCCUUGAGCAUCGCCAUUUCCAUGCCCAUCGUCACUGUCAUCUACAUCUUGACCAACGUGGCCUACUACGUGGUCAUGGAUGUCGACCAGGUGCUCGCCAGCGACGCCGUCGCCGUGACGUUUGCAGACGAGGUUCUGGGCUGGGCCCGCUGGCUGAUCCCGCUGUCUGUGGCCAUUUCCUGCUACGGCGGGCUCAACUCCUCCAUCAUCGCUGCCUCCAGGUUGUUUUUUGUGGGCUCCCGGGAAGGCCACCUCCCCAACGUCCUGUCCAUGAUCCACGCCGAGCGCUUCACCCCCAUCCCCGCUCUGCUUUUUAACGGAGCCAUGUCUCUGGUGUAUUUGUCGGUGCCUGACGUCUUUCGCCUGAUCAACUACUUCAGCUUCAACUACUGGCUCUUCAUUGGACUGUCCAUUGUCAGCCUCAUCUACCUUCGCUUCAAGGCCCCUGACUUGCAUCGACCCAUCAAGCUGUCUUUGUUCUUCCCCAUCGUGUACAGCCUGUGCAGCAUCUUCUUGGUGGUGGUGCCGCUGUACAGCGACACCAUCAACUCACUGGUGGGCAUCGGCGUGGCGCUGUCCGGCGUGCCCGUCUACUUCCUCUGUCUCCACCUGCCGCGCAACUCCAGGCCCGCCUUCCUCAACAAAAUCCUCUACAUGCUGUCGUCUUGGACCCAAAAAUUGUGCUACUGCUGCGUGGCCUCGCCUGACAUUGACCUGGACAACAUCGACCCUGACAAGAUGGAGUGAAAGAACGACAAAACGUACCGAAGGACCUCUGCUCAAGACAAUCCCUUAUUUUUUGGGUGAUAUUACUCUGAAGAGGAGGAUGAAAAAGAAAGUAGUACCGGCACACUUGACACAUGUUGCCUCUACACGGCCCGCCGCCAUUUUGUGAAAAAUGGCCGCAAGCCAUCAAGUUGCACAUUUUGCGUUAUGGUCUUUUUUUCCCCCCUCCAUGGGAGUUAAGAUUAUUUGACUGGUUCACACCUCCUAUCGUUCCUGCCAUUGAGGCCGCGGGCGUAAUGAAUGUACCACUGGGAACAAGUUUGGUUUGUAGCGUCCCCUAUUGAUCGCCAAAAAUUGUUACAUCAAGUUUCAUUUUAGAUUGUACUGGCGUCACUUGAUCACAUGGUUUGGAUGAGUCUCCUGUACUGCUCAAAUGGUGUCUCGGAACUUGCUUACUUUCUUCACAUGAAGGUCCAAAAUGGUGCACAAAUACGGACGUAAAAUCAAAUCAUGGCAGCAGUAUUUUUUUCCAUUUUAAAAUUGUACAAAAUUACAAAAAUAGACUCAUAGCAUUGCAUCUUUAUUUGUUUUUUAAAAAAAUCAUACUUCAUUCUUUUGUGAUUACUUUUAUCCAUGCAAAAAAUUAAAAUAUUGUUAAAAUAGUAUCACCCUGUAAUAUGGUGUUUUACUCAACAAAUCUUUAUUUCUCAGAAAAAAAAGAUGCUGCUGAUUUUUUUUUGGGAGGGGGGGCUUGUUGACAUUGCACAUUAUCAGCGUGCCAUGGGAAGGGGACGGGCGCUCGAACGCAUUGGCUUUUAACGCGCUUCAUGAAUCAUAUCGUGUGCCUUACUGCCAAGUUUGUGCUUGUCUUAAUAUUUAUCACAGUACGUUUUGGGAUUGUCAAAGUUAGAUAGGUGUGCAGAAUUCCUUCAAUUUCGAAGGUUGACCACUUUCCAUGGGAACUGACGGAAUUUUAUAGGACUAAAUUUACCAAAUUGAAAGUUGGCUCUCAAUAAGGAACUUCAAAACAAAAUUACCUGUAAAUGUUCUGCAUUGGAAUUCAGUAUUCUCAAAAUUCAGCAGGAACUUGCAUUGGAAAUUCAACUGGGAAUUUCGAAAAAUGUAAUUGGAUGUUUUCCCCACCCCUUUUGCAAGCCUAAUUAUGUAGUUUAAUGUUGUUCAAGUGCCACUAGCCUGCAGAAGCACACAAAAUAAGAUCAUGAAAUAUCACAUGUAGCUGUUGGCGUGUAUAAUUAUCCUGGGUGAGUAAGAUUGGUAUAGAAAUAUAUCCACUAUAUAUAAUAUUUUGUUCCUCUUCCAAGAGCUGAAUUUACAAUUCAAGAGUUUUAAUUUUCUUGUACAUCUAAUGUAUUUCCUUGUUGACACCAAACAUGCGUUUGUACAGUCGGGGUUGUGUGUGUGCCAAUUUUUAUUUAUUUAUUAAGAACAAACCGACCGUGUGUGCUGUUUGUUUUUAUAGCUAUAAAUGUGAAUAAAGUUGCGUUCUUUUUUGCAGCGA